CCCUCCACUACCACUUGUACGCAACUGGCUCCGCGAGUACUAAAUCUUAAUAAUAAUAAUCUAUGAUAUAUUAUAGUCACGGCCCACGAGAUUCACACUGACUUGUUAAAAUGGAACUAAAGCGAUCUAGACUGCCGAUGACUUGGACUUUGAGACCAGUGUUGCCGGAGAAUGUAACAACUGACAGUAUUACCACAGUGAAUGUGUUUGUAGACACUAUUAUUAAUCGAACCUCAACCAGCCAAAUUGUUAAGAAUCUUGGACAACUGUCUGUGAUAAAUUCUUUGACUCAUCUUAAACGCGUUAAAAAUCAAACAAUCAUACUAAUGUUAGCCAACGAUUUGGAUCCAGACGAGUGUGUGGCAGAGUUGGAAAACAAAGGAUUUAACUUUGCUGGCCUAUCAGGUCGACCUGAGAUCAUUCCAGUCCCAGCUUACAUGCCAAAAACAUGUAGCCAGAACCUACAAGCUCGUAAGCUGUGGCCAUGCAACUUUCAUCCAGACAAACGACUAGAGUCAAUAUUGCGUGGUGAUUUUUUUAACCAACUUGAACUUGCUACUAUUGAUGGAUACAUGAAGACGGCGUUGGCAUGUGCGACUGGUGGAGUAGGUGCUGUGGUGGUUGAUCCUUUGAACGAUUUAAUAGUAGCGCAAAGUGGUGAUUUCCGUACCGAACACCCUGUAAAGCAUGCAAUCAUGUGUGUGGUAGAUAAAGUGGCCAAGGCUCAAGGAGGUGGCGCGUGGAACUCCUCGUCUAUCAUAGCUACAACAUCUAGGGUCAAUGAUGACAAAACUGGGCCAUACUUAUGCACAGGAUACGAUGUGUAUGUAACCAAAGAACCAUGUGUGAUGUGUGCUAUGGCAUUGGUGCACAGCAGAGCGAGAAGAGUUUUCUAUGGAUUUGAGGAUGACAGCGGACUCGGAGGCUUGGGUGGAUCAGUCAGCAUACAUCUUCUUAAAGGAAUAAACCAUCGAUUUGAGGUUUUUGCUGGUGUUUUAGAAGAAGAAUGCAGAACUGCAGCACUGGUUUUGCAUACCGACAAUAUUGUUCAGAACAUAAAACACACUGAGUAAAUUGUUGAAUACUAAAAUCUACAUAGAUAAUAAAUUGACACAUAAUAUGUAUUAUGUUUAAAUGGUUGUCUUAAAUAUUGUUAAUUGUUAGCAUUUAUUACCAAUGUAUUUAGUUUGUUGGUACCUAACUACCUAUCCAAUAUCCAAUUUAAUGACAAAUUAAAAGCUAUACAACUAGGUAUAUCAUAAUAUCCGGUAUCUAUUGAUAUUAUACUACUGCAUAGCAUUGAACAA